AUGGCAUUAGCUUCGGUACUUGGUUUUAAAUCCAAUGAUACAUUCAAUCGUUCACUCCGAUGUGACAAAAACGAUGAUACUAUCGAUGAACUUUGUCCAAAAUUAAAUGUAGAAAAUAUAUCACAGUUUAUUACUUUGCCACCUUAUGCCGAUCCUGCAAAAUAUUUAAAAAUGGUUAGUGAUAAUGUAGAUCGCGUUAAAAUACAAUUUCUUAAAGGAACAACAACAUUAGCAUUUAAAUUUCGUAAUGGAGUUAUAGUGGCUGUGGACAGUCGCGCAACAGCUGGUGGUUUUAUUGCAUCUGGAGAAGUAAAAAAAGUGAUUGAAAUUAAUCCUUAUCUAUUGGGUACUAUGGCUGGCGGUGCUGCUGAUUGUGCUUUUUGGGAACGAGUACUUGCUCGACAUUGUCGUAUCUAUGAAUUACGUAAUAAAGAAAAAAUUUCGGUCGCAGCUGCAUCCAAAAUUCUUGCCAAUAUGGUCUUUGAAUAUCGUGGAAUGGGAUUGUCCAUGGGUACAAUGAUUGUUGGCUGGGAUAAACGAGGUCCCGGUUUAUAUAUGGUAUCAGAUGAUGGUGAACGUAUUACUGACAAUUUAUUUUCAGUUGGCAGUGGCUCAAUAUAUGCAUAUAGUAUUCUCGAUGCUGGUUAUAAGUAUGAAAUGAGCACCAUUGAUGCAAUUGAUCUUGCUCGUCGAGCGAUUGUCCAUGCCGCUCAUCGUGAUGCUGCAUCGGGAAAUAUCGUGCGAAUCUAUCAUAUGAAAGAAACUGGCUGGGAAAAGAUCGAAGAAAAAGAUACGAAUGAUUAUAUGUAUCAAUAUCGCGAAGAUAAAACGAUGAAUUUUUAA